UGUGCCCCCACGCUCCCACGCAAGGUGGGAUGAAAAGUUUUCCCCGACUCGACGCUCCCGAUACAGUAUACAGAAUAUGGGGAUUGUGUCGCUGCAGAAUCUGUCAUGUAUGGUAGCACUAGCUUGUAAUUAAUCCUUCUUUGCCGAGAACUGUGCCGGCCGGGGGUAACUCUCAUCAGCUCUACGCAAUUAUAUGCCGGAUCAGGACUUGGUACAGCGUUUUGCCCUGACCCAAUCCGACACUCCCCGGUAUCCACACGGAUGGAUUUGGUAUCCUAAACCUUCCGUCGCCGACCGAGAUCCCGAUGAGCUGGGGAUGCUGGGUUGGAAAAGCUAAAUACCCCUCCCUCCCCCGUACCCCACGGGGAUUCUUGAUUCCAGGGACACUUCGGGGAAGGCGACAGUUCCGGACUACAAGCAGCACCAGCCAUGGCGGACGACAUCUCCAAGCACGGCUUCGAUGCCGGCCACUUUGAAAACUCGACUGCGGCCAUGGAUAGACCCAAAGGUCCUGAAGUGAGCGCCGCGUUGUCAGACCCGGCAACGCGUGCCCGGGUAGAGAAGACCCUGAGGCGCAAGCUGGAUGCUCGCUGCAGUAUCUUCGUUUUCAUCUACAUCAUGAACUACCUCGACCGGAACAACAUCUCCGCUGCUCGUCUCAAGGGUCUCCAGGAAGAUUUGAACAUGGAUUACAGCCAAUACGCGACUUGUCUGAGUAUUCUCUAUGUCGGCUAUAUCCUGAUGCAGGUCCCGUCCAACAUCUUCAUCAACAGAAUCCAGCGACCCUCUGUCUACAUUUCCGUCGUUAUGCUUAUUUGGGGUCUUAUCUCGACCUUGUCUGGUAUCGCUACUAACUUUGCCGGAUUGGUUUGCAUUCGAUUCUUCCUGGGUUUUGUUGAGGCUGCUUUCCUUCCCGGUGCUCUCAUGAUCCUGUCGAAAUGGUAUACCCGUCGCGAACUCACAACAAGAAACGCCGUCCUAUUCUGUGGCAACCUUAUUUCAAAUGCCUUUUCCUCCCUCAUUGCUGCUGGAGUUCUGUCCAACAUGCAGGGCGUUCUUGGUCAUGCUGCAUGGCGCUGGCUCUUCUGGAUCGAGGGCGCUAUCACAAUGGGCAUUGCAAUUGCUGCAGGCUUCAUUCUCCCUGAUUUGCCGACCAACACGGGCGGUUUUACAAAGGAAGAGCUGGAACUCGCUCAGCUCAGAAUGCUCGAGGAUGUUGGCGAGGCUGAUGUUGACUCCGAGGAUCAAGGGCCUUUCGAUGGCUUGUGGAUGGCCCUCAAGGACGUCAAGAUCUAUAUGAUGAUGCUUUUCUUUACUGCCUACGUCGUCGGUCUCUCGUUCAACGCCUUCUUCCCCAGCCUUACGGAAACUCUUGGAUUCAGCUACGUGCCGACUCUCCUCAUGAGCGCUCCCCCGUGGGUGUUCUCCUGUUUCUUUUCGCUGGCCGUUGCCUGGAGCUCCGAUCGACACCAGGAGAAGUUCUGGCAUAUCGUCGGCCCCAUUUUGGUCGGCCUGGUCGGAUUCAUCAUCUGCAUGGCCACCAUGAAUGUGGCAGCUCGAUACGUUGCUCUCUUCCUCCAAGCUGCUUCUUAUGCAGGAUUCAUCGUCUUCUACUCCUGGAUCAGUGUAUCCUUCCCCCGUCCCCCCGCCAAGCGUGCAGUCGCAAUUGCCAUGAUCAACGCAUUCAGUCAGCUAGGCAACGUGGCUGGCUCGUAUGUCUGGGACCUCAAGGACAAUGGAUACCGCAAGAGCUACGGUAUCGUCACAGCCAUGUUCGGCGUCACAAUUGUUGGAUGUCAAUUGUUCCGCAUGUAUCUUGCUAGCCUGAACAAGGAGCUUGAGCAGGCUGAGACUAAUGCCAAUACCCAGCCUGACGAGGACGAUGUGGACAAGUCGGUGAUCAAGGGCUUCCGGUAUAUUACUUAGGUGGAUUUGGCUGAGGCAAUGUGGAUGCAUGCAUAUGUGCCUGUAUGUUUAUAACGAUGUUUAUGGUUUAACAAUCU